AUGGCCAGCUCCAAACGGAGACGCCAGUGGAUCACCGAGCACAAGGUACACGUUGUGGAGCGCUCGUUCACUCCAACGGCACCAACGGCACCUCCUAGUACGAGGCACCGAUCACUUUUCGUUGGACUUCGAAUUCCACCGGUACCAAAGCCAACUCCAGCGCAGGAUAUCCAACGGCUUUCAUGGACUGAUGUGGUGAAUCGUGAAUGGUCCAUCACGUUUCUGAUCUGCUCAAUUUCCGUUUUGGUUAUAAUGAUUGCCAUGGUUGGCUUCGGGAUUGUUGUAUUUCUCUACCUCCAGAUUAAACCGCCUCUUUCUAAAAGAUGCUACCUGAUUGAAGACUGA